UGAAUCCGGUCAGUUAAAGCAUUAUAUAGUGGUGAAUUACUAUUUUACCCCCACUAUCACCCAUUCCUUAAAACAUCAUUUCUCACUUCUCAGUUCUCAGUUGUAUUUGAUGGUCUUUAGUUUGAGCGGGAAUUAAGAAGAAAAGGAUAGGGCAUUCGCCCCAAUUCAACUCGUUUUCGAGUUUACACAGAUUGAAAUGACCAGAACUUGAUAUGAACGCCGGAUUGCGUCGUUCAGCUGUUGAGUUCCUCAUCGUCUCAUCUCUGCAACUUGGCGUUACUCCAGUUGUGAAAUACACCGCUUUAUCAAUCUUUGUUGAACGCUUUUUACCAUCUAUCAAAAAUAAUAACAGGUCUUUACGGAAGAAGCAUGGCGAUAACUGGCUUUUGCAGCCUUUGAGACAAUGCAACUUGCAAUUACUUGCUCUCGUUUCAGUUUGGGUGUCGAGUAAAAUACAUGAUACUAGGCCUCUUUCUGUACAAAGUUUGAAGUCUUUGGGAGAUGUAGCUAUAAAGGAACAACACUAUACUACACGAGAUUUCCUUGAAGCAGAGGUGGUUUUAUUGCAGCAUCUCCAGGUGCUUGAUUUCGAGAUUGGUGCAUCGAAUGUUGCUUAUGUCUUCUUAGAAGACUUUCUAAUUCGGUUGAGGAAACUGGCGCGGGUAGGAGAUCUUGUAAAACUCGAAGCAUGUAUGGACAUAAUGGAUGUUCUAUAUGAAACAGAAGAGACAUCAGUUCUGUAUAAUUCUCCCGAUUUUCUUGCUGCAGCUAUUCUGGUCGCCUCAUACGUUAUAACUGUUCCUAAGCAAGAGCAUGAGUUUCCUCUUCUUUCUUGGGAUAUACCAUCCUUCAUCAAAAGAGCCAGGACAAUAUACCCAGACCUAAGUACCAAAUGGGCGAAACUAUGAACCUGCGGUGCCAGUCAAUUGAACUGUAAGCAUAAAUUGAAGUUUGUAAGCUCUUUCAAAGAAGAAGAUACAUUCGAACUGGUAAGAACCAUUCUCCAACAUGUACUGAAGCAGACAACACAGGAGACCUGACAACUACGAGAGGGUAAACGUUAAUACAAAACUCUCCAGACACAGUCAAUAUUAGCUAUCCAUUUGAAAAAGAAAAAAGAUCCGCUGAAUAUUAAAAUGUUGUAAUACAAACUACUAGUCAUCCCAUUGUGUAAAGACUAUAUAUAAAAGUAAACCAGAAAACAUUGUAUAUCCCAAUUCCAAAUCAUAUUCAUGACCAUUUCCAGGUUCUGUUACA